AUGGCACUGAACUUAAGUGGCUUGAUAGCUUUAGUGUUAUUUUAUAGUCUGACUUUGGCCACCGGAAUAUGGGCUUCUCGGAAAAGCAAAAAGGAGAAGACCAAGAAGCCCAGCGAAGUCGCUAUGGUGGGAGGCAGAAACAUGAACUUUUGGGUUGGACUUUUCACAGCAACUGCAACAUGGGUUGGAGGAGCAUAUAUCAAUGGCACUGCUGAAAUAGUCUAUCUUCCAUCAAGAGGACUGGUGUGGGUUCAAGCUCCAGCUGGAUUUGCUUUGUCCCUUCUUGUUGGUGGGUUCUUCUUUGUCAAUCCAAUGAGAAAGAAGAAUUAUGUGACUAUGAUGGACCCGAUCCAAGAGAUGUAUGGGAAUGUGAUGGCAACUCUCCUUUUUAUCCCACCAUUGACUGCAGACAUCUUCUGGUUUGCAGCUAUCCUUGCUUCUUUAGGAGCAACCAUAAAAGUCAUUUUGGAUAUCCAAGGAUAUUUAGCCAUCAUUUUUUCUGCAUGCAUAGUUAUCAUCUACACUUUGCUAGGUGGCCUGUAUUCAGUUGCAUAUACAGAUGUAAUGCAAUUGAUUUUUAUAGCAGUCAGCCUGAGUGUUUGUAUCCCUUUUGCCAUAAUGAACUCUGCAACAGAAAGCCUUGCUUAUACUGCUUCCCACAACUUGCUUCAAGCACCUUGGAUUGGGAAAGUAGAAGUGCAGUAUUUUGGAAGGUGGCUGGAUGACUUUUUAUAUUUGGUAAGAACUAUUACAGAGGUUCUUGGUGGCAUCCCAUGGCAAACCUACUUCCAGCGAGUUCUCUCAGCUUCUUCCUCAAAGCAAGCCAGGCUCAUCUCCUGUCUUUCUGGGCUGGGGUGCUUCAUCAUGGCCAUCCCAUCUGUGCUCAUUGGCGCAGUAGCUGCCUCCACAGACUGGAAUCAGACGGACUAUGGCCUUCCUGCUCCCAGUGAGAGAGGAGAGUCUGCCCUUAUCCUUCCACUAGUUCUCCGCUAUCUCUGCCCCAUGUCUAUCUCGGUCAGUGGCUUGGCUGCCAUUGCGGCUGCUGUGAUGUCUUCUGGUGAUUCUGCCUUGCUCUCCGCCAGCUCUAUGUUUGCUCAUAACAUCUACAGAAAAGUUCUCAGAAAAAAGGCAACAGAAAAAGAUGUAUUAUGGGCAAUGAGAGUGGCAACAGUUGCCUUUGGAAUAAUGGCUACUGCCCUGGCUUUUUACUCCAAUUCCAUUUAUGACCUUUGGUUCCUUGGUGGAGAGCUGGUGUAUGCCCUCCUCUUUCCCCAGCUCUGCUGUGUCCUCUUCAUUCCUAGUACCAACACCUAUGGCUCAGCCGCUGGGUUCCUGGUUGGGUUUCUGCUGCGGCUAUUGGCAGGGGAGCCUGCCCUGAAGAUUCCCCCAGUCCUCUGUUACCUAGGAUGCUCUCUUCUUGAUGGGACCUACAUUCAGCUAUUCCCAUUUAAAAUAGUCACAAUGCUCAUCACUCUGUUGACCAUUGUCUCCGUUUCGUACCUGGCAUCCUUUGUUUUUCAGUCUGGUACCCUUAAGUAG